ACUGGCAUCUCUCUCAAGUUCCCCACGCGAUUGAAAACUUGAUGUUGAAUAUAUAAUUAUAUUGUUUCAAUAAUUUUCACAAUUAGCGUAGAUAUAAAUACAAAAUGUACGGACAACAACCAAUUAUAGUACUGAGCCAAAACACAAAACGUGAUUCCGGCCGGAAAGUUCAACUCGAAAAUAUAAAUGCUGGGAAGACAAUAGCGGACGUUAUAAGAACAUGCCUUGGUCCCCAAGCAAUGUUGAAAAUGUUGAUGGAUCCCAUGGGAGGGAUUGUAAUGACUAACGACGGCAAUGCUAUCCUCAGAGAAAUCACUGUGCAACACCCAGCUGCUAAAACAAUGAUAGAAAUUGCCAGAACCCAAGAUGAAGAGGUUGGUGAUGGAACAACAUCAGUCAUUGUACUAGCUGGAGAAAUCUUAGGUGUGGCAGAACCAUUUCUUGCACAAAAUAUUCACCCUACUGUCAUCAUUAGGGAAUACAGACAAGCCCUUGAAGAUGCAGUUAAAUUGCUGACGGAAAAAAUAUCUGUUCCUGUAGAUUUGAAUGAUAAGGAAAAGAUUAAGGAAGUGAUACGAUCAUGUGUGGGAACCAAGUACAUUGGUCGCUGGGCUGAUCUUGCAGUUGAUAUAGCACUUGAUGCUGUCAAUACUGUCACUAUCAAUGACAAUGGAAGAGUAGAGGUUGAUAUUAAAAACUAUGCUAAAGUUGAAAAGAUUCCUGGCGGGACAGUUGAAGAGUCAAAGGUAUUAAAUGGUAUCAUGAUCAAUAAGGAUGUGACGCAUCCCAAAAUGAAAAGAUUGAUUGAAAACCCUAGAAUUAUUUUAUUGGACUGUCCAUUGGAAUACAAGAAGGGAGAAAGCCAGACCAAUAUUGAGAUUGCUGAUGAACAGGACUUCACCAAACUCCUGCAACUGGAAGAGGAGCAUGUGCAACGUCAAUGUGCUGACAUCAUUGCCCUCAAACCAGACAUUGUCUUCACUGAGAAGGGAGUCUCCGAUCUUGCUCAGCACUAUCUGGUUAAGGCUGGCAUCACUGCUAUUCGCAGACUGCGCAAAACCGACAAUAACCGUUUAGCCCGUGCGUGUGGCGCCACAAUCGUUAACCGUACUGAAGAGCUCAAGGAGAGUGACAUUGGUACUCAGGCUGGAAGAUUUGAGGUCAAGAAGAUUGGUGAUGAGUACUUCACCUUUGUCACCGAAUGUAAGAAUCCUAAGGCCUGCACGAUCCUCCUACGUGGAGCCUCUAAGGAUGUGUUGAACGAGAUUGAGAGAAAUCUGCAAGACGCUUUGCACGUUGCAAAGAAUUUGGUCCUCAGUCCGCGUCUAGUGGCGGGCGGUGGUGCAGUGGAGAUGGCAGUAUCUCAGGCUUUAUCCGCUAACUCCUCACACAACACACCCUACAGGGCUAUUGCUACUGCACUUGAAAUAAUCCCGCGUACACUCGCCCAAAACUGUGGUGCAAACACAAUUCGUACGUUAACUGCGUUACGUGCACGUCACGCGGCGGGCGCCGCUGUCGCCAGCACUGCGGGCAUCGACGGGGAGACGGGAGAAAUCGUGGACAUGGCUGCUAAGGGUAUUUGGGAACCGCUGGCCGUUAAGUUACAGGUCUACAAAACGGCUGUGGAGACAGCGAUAAUGUUGCUGAGGAUUGAUGACAUUGUAUCCGGUUCUAAGAGGAAGGAUGGUAAAGAACCCGCUGCGCCGGCGCAGAUGGCCCAACAAGAAUAAAAGCUUUAUUAACUUGUAUUACAUAGCCGCUAUAUUUUUUCCAAAUAUUUUGUAAUAGUUAGUUUCAAUAUUCUGAAUUUUACAUUGAAUAUUUCUUACUUUUAUGGUAAUAUUCAAUAUAUUACCUAAACCAUCUCUUAUUGAGUUGCAUUUAAUUUCAGCGUAAAAAAAGCCAUCAAGUCGGUAUUUUUAACAUUUUAUUGUAACAACUAUUACAGCGCUAUGUAAUACGUCGAAUAAAACAUAGUAAUAACUAUCCACUAGUUUUUACGCUAGAUAACACUUAAACUGGUGAGGAGUCCAGAUAUGCUUUUCGCUUAUAAUAUUAUUAAGGUUGACUAAAAUCUUUAUAUAUGGUCAAAAUAUUUUCAAGAAUAUUGCUAGAUGCAAAAUUAUUCUCUAAAUACACAGAAUUCAUAGAGUAUUUUUGAAAAUAUAAUCUGUAUCAAAAACAAAUGUUUGAAGAUGUGAAUUGAGAUUUGUCCUUGUCACACAAUUAACGUUAAUAAUAACUUUGUAGUUUUUAAUAAUUUUAUUUAAUAACCUUGUCGUUAUUUAUCUAUGGUCAGUUUACUCGUGAGGUCGCGUUUAUGUUACAUCCUGUUUCAUUUGGAACAAUUAUAGUAUUAAACUUCUAAAAUAA